AUGUCCCCAGUUAGUACUGCUUCAACUCCAUUCACACUAUCCCCUGAAUCUACUAUUGAUGAUUAUUUAGAAACCAACAAAAAAUGGUCUCAAUCAAUGACAAAAAUACAUCCUACUCUAUUCACCCAUUAUAACGGAGAAGGUCAAACUCCACACACCUUGUUUAUAGGAUGUGGUGAUUCAAGAUAUAACGAAGAUUGCUUUGGUGUUGUCCCCGGUGAAGUUUUCAGUUUAAAGAUAAUAGGGAAUGUAAUUAACCCUAAUGAUGGUGUUUCAAUGGCGACAUUAGAAUUUGCAAUUAACGUUUUAAAAAUACACAAGGUAGUGAUGGUAGGGCAUACCGAUUGUGGUGCUAUACAAACUUGUAUGGAUAAAUCUAAGAGAGACUCUCUGCCUCAUGUCGGAUGUGAGCAUUUAUACCAUUAUUUAAGUGACCUUAACGAACUGUGUGAAUUGGAAAAGGAUAACUUGACCAAAACUAAAAAUAGAAAAGAACAAGUUAAACACAUGGGAAUUCAAAAUGUUAAAAGACAAGUUGGGAAAUUGAGAAGAUUAGGAGUUGUUAGUAAUAAUAAAGAAGUUGAAGUGUAUGGUUUGCUGUACAAUGUUGACUCUGGUUUAUUAGAGAAAGUUUGUUAA